AUCCUCAAGACGGCAGUCGAUCGCGCCAUAUACGCGGUCACGUUUGCGACCUUUCAUCCGAUCCGGCCAUUCUACGCAAUGUCCAGAUCUACUCCCGCUGGGGCUGCCUUGAGCAACGGCUCCGAUAAGACAAACGCGCCAAAACUGAACACUGGCGACAACUCAUCCGGACUCUUCCAAACGUUGCAGGGCCAUGUCGACGAUAUUCGUUCUCUCAUACAAUGUGGCGUCUGUAUCCGACCUCUCUACGAACCGUACACCCUUGCCUGCGGGCAUACCUUUUGUUACAGCUGCCUCACCUCGUGGUUCGUCGGUGGGAGGCAAAACAAGACCUGUCCAGACUGCCGGGCCCCGGUGAAAGCGCAGCCCGCGCCCGCUUAUCUGGUCCGCACCAUUGUCCAAAUGUUUACGAGCCGUCCCGAGCUGCUUGAUAAGGGCGAGACUACAGACGAACACCGACGACACCAAUGCGAUGAAGCGGAGCGGUUGGAGAAGGACAAGCAGAGUACACACCCGAGGGAGGGAGGUCUAUUUCGGGGCACGUUUAAUAAGUCGAGACUUCCACCUGCGCAACCUAUCGUGGACCUUGAGGACAACGUUGUCCGUUGCCCGCGAUGUUCGUGGGAGCUUGAGGAGGAUGCAAACUGUGCGCAAUGUGGAUACAGACAGGACGAUGAUUCCGCUGUGACGGACGGCUCUGAUUGGAGUGAUUCAGAGGAGAAUUCUGAAAUGACGGACUACGUGGAUGCGGAUGAGCUUGAAGAUGGAUUCGGGGACGCUGACGAUUAUGGCUGGGAUGAGUAUCGUGAUGGCCCUCGCCUUGACCUGCGAACUGCCGAACUCGACCAACUUUACCGUCAAUGGUACGGCCUUGCGCCGGGCGAUCUCCCCCCGCCGCGCGUACAGGGACCCCCUCGCCGGCAGGACUACUAUCACUGGCCCUCCGGCGUCUCUUCAGCUCAUGAAGAAGAUAGCGAAAUGGAUGAUGAGGAUGAUGAGGAUAUGGAUUCAUUUAUUGAUGACGAUGUGGAGCGCGACGACUACUCCGAGUCAGACAGUUCUACGGUAAUCGGGCCUCAUGAAUUCUCUAUCACUCACACGACAAUUUUCGGAAGCGAGUCAUUUGACGAGAUGACCGACGACAGCGAAAUUCAUGAUGAUGAGAGCCAUGAUGAUGAUGAGGAUGACGACGACGACGACGAGGAUGAUGAACCGGUCCGGCCGCCUGUAAAUGCCAUGCGACGCCAUCGACCUCCUGUAUAUCGUGUGCCUUCAAGCUCCUCAGAUCGCGAGAAUGAGCCGUCUACUAGGUCUUUGAGUAGGUCUGCGAGACCCUCCGGUUCUAAUACUCAAGCUCCCUCUCGUGGAGACUACAGAAGUGCCCAGCAGCCGUCUGUCGGAUCAUCCUCUGCGAAUGCAAUCAGUGUGGACGACGAGUCGGAGGAGGAACCUGUACGACCGACGAGGAGGGCAAGGGGCAGGGGCCAUUGCCGAUACUCAGCCCGCUAAAUCAACUUUCAUCUACGACUUUAAUGACGACUGAUAGCAACGAGUCCUUAGUUGUUAUCCUUUCUCUUUGGUGCUUCGGUGCCACACUUGAAAAGUGGACUUUGCCCUUUACAACUGGGGUGUCAUCUUCAUUUCGGCAAUCUGCGCUGGUGCUUUUGUCGGAUCGUCAUGGAAAAGAAUUAAGGGAUCAAUCAUAUUUUAUCUUGCGGGUGUUAGGAAUCCUUUGUAUCAUUCAACGGCGAGAUUCUAGCUUUUCCUACAAGCCAUCUCAAAAUACCCCCCCUUGUUUUGUUUGUUCUGUUGAUAUCUACUUAUACUGCAUAUUCUACCUGCGCCUUGGGUAGAGGUGGGUUUAUAGCGAAGUUCGGUUCCGUUUGAGUGCUAUCGGCAUGUAUUAUCAGGCAUCUCAGG